UUCUGCCGAAAUCAGUCAUUCGACUCCGUGAUUACAGCCACCUGAACCUCAUUCUACGUAAGACAUUACCGGAGUCGCCGCUAGCGACAGUCCUUACUUCACCGCUGUAGCAGAAUACAUCGUCCGGCAUACGCAGAAACAUCGUACUGAACGUCGCGGUUGACGUUCGACCGGCACUUCGAUUCCCAACUGACUUUCGGUGGCUCUCUCAGCAUUCGCUCAGCAACCAGCACAGCGUUGGCGGUUGUCAACCGCUUACUUCCCAGUCCCAGUAAAACCCCUUGCCUAGUUGGUCGUUGACGAUAUCAGACGCUCGAGCCUUUCAUCCUGGACGCUUUGAAGAGACCGGAGUUCUUUACCAGCCCACCAUCGACCCUGCUGGUCAGCUUUCCGACGGCUCGGUGAACACUACAAUGUUCACACCGGCCGCCUUUGGAACCUACACGACGUCCUCCUCGUCAUCCUCGGCGGUGGCGGUCCCCACGUUACCCGAGGACGGGGCAGUAGGGUUCUCCAUGCCAUUCCCAUUCUCGCCAUCGGCUCUGCCGCUUGACCCGGCCGGAGACGCUCCCACGUUGCUGAACGACGAUGAGCAGAAGUACUUUUCUGAGUUCUUGGACGGGUUCUUUCUUGAUGAGCCGGUUGCCGCACCGGCAGCACAGCAACAGAUGCCACAGCAGACUUUACCGCCGUCAGUGGGGAUACCGCUUGUUUCGCAACAGUAUCCAUUGCACUCACUUGCGAUUCCGCUGCACAAUUCGGUCGGCCAGCCGCAAUCACAGGAUGGUGGUAUGUUCUUCCAAAAGCCCUUACCACCGCAGGGUUUCCAGAGCGAAGUAGCCAUGCUCCCUUUCCACAUGCAGCAACAUCAGGCGCAACCUGGAGAGACGGGAUAUUGGGAUCGAUCGCAAUCAACUGUACCUAUCGCUAUCCCCAUCGGGCAUCCCGCUCACGGACGGAAUUGGAACAUACCGCUCUCCGUACAUGAAGAUCCGAACAGUAAUCCAUUUACGGCGCUGAAAAAUACCCCUCCUUAUUACCACCCCAUAAAUCCGACAUUCCAGUAUCAGCAGCAACCCCAUCAGACGCAGCAAAUACAAAUACAGCAGCAGCAGCAACCGAUGGUGACACAGCAUCAAACGCAGCAGCUACAGCAAGUUCAGCAACAACAGCGAAUGGAAACCUCGCGUCCCAUCGAGUUUGGCCAGUAUCUAUCACCAGUUUCUGCCCCUGGUGGGUUAUCGGUCACGGACGCGAGACGUCCGGAAAGCCAAACGGAGCCUGGGAAAUCAUCACCAGCAACGCGCGAAACAGCAGCUGGGAAGCCGUCUGGAGCAGCCACUGCCGCCGAGAAAGCCCAGCCUCAAAUGCAGGUCGAUCAAAAACCAGCCGUUCCGGCAUCAAAAAGGGCGUCCGUCGGGUCAGCAGCGGAAACCAAGCAGGCAGAUACCCCCAGCUCCGCCACCAACGGAAACAACAGGAGACGGAGCGGCAGCGACGCGCCUGGCGGACCAGCCCGGAAAAAAGUGGCGGGAUUGAGAACGGGGGGAAGGGGUGGGAAACAGAAUGCCACGGCGGCGUUCUCGAGAGAGGACGCGGAUGGGCAGGAAGCAGAGGGGAAGGAUGGGAAGAAGCGGAAUGGGAGGGAGUUGCUGACUGAGCAGGAGAAGCGGACGAAUCAUAUCUUGUCGGAGCAGAAGCGGAGGACGCUUAUUAGAUCCGGAUUCAAAGCCCUCGCAGACUUAAUCCCCGGCACACAAAGCGCCAGUGCAAGCAACAGCGCCAACGCCGUCGGAAUCAGCAAAUCCGUCAUCCUCCACAACGCCGUUGGCUACAUCCGCCACCUCGAAUUCGGGAACCGCUCGCUGAUGAUGCAGCUCGAAAACUUACAGCAGCGUGUCCAUCACCACCCGCAACAACAACAUAUCCCGCACCAAGCCGCUUUACAUCUCCGUCAACAACAUCCGCAUGCGAUCCCCGAUGAUUUACGAAUGGCCCAACAGCAACAAAUACAUCAGAAGAUUUAUGCCCUGCCGGUCCAGCCACCACCACAGCAGCAGCAAUUCACUCAACAGCGACAAAUGGCAGUAACGCAUGUCCCGCCACCACAGAUACCCCCAACGUACUCCGAUCAGCAACAACAUCACGCUCCCAUCCCAAAUCAAGCGACAGCACCACCGACGGCGAUCAGCAUACCCGUCUCUUCACCGACUGGCGUCGAUGCGAGCCCGUCGGAUCGGAAUGUGGUGCAUUCACCGUCCGCGGCGCAGGGAUCAGGGGCGGAAGCGAGCGCGUCGCCGGUACCGUCUUAUUAGCAAGACAAUGGACUCGUGUGCCCUUCCCCCGCCUGAACGGCUGUCUUUCUGUCGAUGAGCGAGUGCCAGUUCACUCCGGUUGUAUGUGUAUGUAUCCUACCGUAUUUCCUUCACCCCUUCCUCGCCU